UAUAUUAUUAAGAUAGAUUGCAGCGAGCCGACAGAAUCAGAUCGAGAUCGAAGUGUAGAGUGGCACUGCAAUUCUUGCUUAACCCUUCAUCUCCUCCUCAGGCCAGCCAGGCACACAAUGAAUUUCUUGAUCCGAUCGACCACACAUGUGUAUUCGGACAAGGAAAAGCCUCCGUCGACUCCUCCUAUCGCUGAAGCACCGCCUCAAGGGUUGUCUUCUUCUUUGGAGAACCUAAUGUCCGAUGAUGACCCCUACACACAAUACUCCGCAGUGGAACAGUUUGACGGAGACUUUGAUGCCGAAAACGCCAGGGAUUCCAAAAAUGACGCUCCAUUUCUUGCUGAACACUUGGAUGUUUCUGAAGAAGACGGAUGGAUUGCCAUUCCAUACAAUGAGUUUCCUGAAGACUGGAAUCAUGUAUCAGAUAUACAGUCUUUGCGCGCUCUAGAUCGUUCCUUUCUCUUUCCUGGUGAACAACUUCAUAUUCUGGCAUGCUUGUCUGCAUGUAAGCAGGAUACAGAGAUUAUUACUCCAUUUAAAGUUGCUGCUGUGAUGAGUAGGAAUGGCAUAAGUCACAGCCCUGAGAAAGAAAAUGGAAACAUGGAAAAUGAAAGUAACUCAGUAUCUGGAGAAGGGCAACCGAGUCCUAGUGGUCAAGAUCAGAAUGAGGUUCACCUGCCAAAUGCAAAGAUUGAUCACCCCACACCUGUUUCUUCUGGUGAAUUUCUUCUAAGGAAGGAAGUUCACAAAAGACAAACUGCAUCAUUGUUGCAAAAAUUCAAGAAUUCUCACUUUUUUGUGAGGAUUUGUGAGUCUGAUGAACCCCUUUGGUCCAAACGUGGUUCUUCAGAAAAGUCUAAUUCCUCUGAAACAAAUGGCCAAAAUUUCUCAACAUUUGAAAUGAAAGGGACUGCAAAACAUAUGUCUACUAGUAGUGCAGUCAUUGAUAGAGCAAAUUUUGAUGCAACUAUUUCUGGUGGAGUGGUGAGAAAUUCUGUCCAGUGUUGUGCCCUGCCUAAUGGAGACAUAGUGGUUGUUUUACAGUUGAAUGUUGGUAUUGAUUUUCUUAAAGACCCUUGUAUAGAAAUUCUCCAAUAUGAAAAAUAUCAAGACAAAAUAUUGUCUUCUGAGAAGCAGGAGAACUCAGGUUAUGCAAAUCAGGAUCCAUGCCGAGAACUAUUGAAAUGGAUACUUCCAUUAGAUAAUAAUCUCCCCCCUGCUUUUCUCCCGUUAUCUCCUCAUUUGUCUUCGAAUUCAGGAAUUGGUAGCACCUCUCAGAGGUCCAACAUUUCAGCAUCAUCUGGUUCUCAGUUAUUCUCCUUUGGCAGCCAUUUUAGAAGCUAUUCCAUGUCAUCAUUACCCCAAAGUACGAGUGGUCCAACUGCUCCUCUAAAAGCAGCUAGUUCUAAGCCAAACUUUGACAUUGAUGAUUGGGAUCAAAUCUCAUCUCAGAGGUUACGGAAAAAACAUGGGGUUGAAGAACUUUUGUCUUUUCGAGGUGUCUCAUUGGAGCGAGAAAGAUUUUCUGUUUGUUGUGGAUUAGAAGGCAUCUAUACACCCGGAAGAAGGUGGAGAAGGAAACUUGAAAUAAUACAACCGGUGGAGAUUAAUUCUUUUGCUGCUGACUGCAAUUCGGAGGAUCUUCUGUGUGUUCAGAUUAAGAAUGUUGCUCCUGCACAUGCUCCGGAUAUUGUCAUAUUUGUAGAUGCCAUAACAAUUAUUUUUGAAGAGGCUACAAAUAGUGGACCACCAUCAUCAUUACCAAUUGCAUGUAUUGAAGCUGGAAAUGACCAUUCUUUACCAAAUUUAGCCCUCAGGAGAGGUGAAGAGCAUUCUUUUAUCCUUAAACCUGCAACAUCUAUGUGGAAUAAUCUAAAGGUUCAGAAUGGAAGUUCUCAUCUUUCAAAGUUGCAAUCUGGAAACUUGUCAUCUAAAUUAAGUCUUGAAAGAAGUAAGAUAGCUUUUCUUGAUGACCAUUAUGCAAUUAUGGUGUCAUGUCGAUGCAAUUAUACAGCAUCAAGGUUAUUCUUUAAGCAACCAACCAGUUGGCGGCCACGCACUUCAAGGGAUAUUAUGAUCUCUGUUGCAUCUGAGAUGUCAGGACAGUCUCCUGGACCUUCUGAAAGAAAUUCCCAACUUCCUGUACAGGUUUUAACUUUUCAAGCUUCAAAUUUGACACCUGAAGAUCUAACUUUGACAGUGCUUGCUCCAUCCUCAUUUAUUUCACCCCCUUCAGUUAUCUCUUUGAGUUCACCCACCAGCCCAAUGAGUCCUUUUAUUGGUUUUGCGGAGUUUUUGGGAAGAAUAAGUGGUGAAAGACUUAUUGGUGCCACACAGGGGCAUAGCUUAACUUUUGCAAAAGAAAAUGAUAAACAAAGCGAUGAUGGCAGAUGUCAAACAGUUUCUACAAAUGAUGUGAUUCCUAGUUCUGGCCUGGGUUGUACCCAUCUGUGGUUGCAGAGUCGAGUUCCGCUCGGAUCUAUCCCAUCUCAGUCCACAGCCACCAUUAAGCUCGAGCUACUUCCAUUGACUGAUGGCAUAAUUACACUUGACUCUUUGCAAAUUGAUGUCAAAGAAAAAGGUGUUACCUACAUCCCUGAGCGAUCACUAAAGAUAAAUGCAACUUCUAGCAUUUCCAAGGGGAUUAUUUAGUACAUACUGAGGCUGGUUGCACUUAUUUCAUUGCUGUAGGGUGUAGACGCAAACAUGGAUGGUUUUUCUUACCUGGAUCUUAGAAUUGCUCUUCGUACUUGCUCCCAUUGGCACAAGGGUAUAUCCCUUAUUGGAGCAUUGUGAAUGUGAUGGAGUUGGCGUGUCAAUUUGUCAAAACAAGAGCUUCGCUUAUGUAUUAUAAACCACGAGCUUAAAGAUAGAUGAUUGUUACAUACCCCUUUAAGGGGAAAAAUGUAAUUUUUAUUGUUUGUUUUUUGGUUUUUUGUGUGAAGAUGUACGUAUCUGAUGUGGAAGCAAUGAAUCGCCUCUCAAUCCAUGGCACUGGAAAGUUGGAAAUUAAUGCCCCCUUUCAGAUGAAAUAA